AUGUGGACGUCGGUCAACAUCUCAGACCGGAUGCUGAAAGCCUCAUUUUCCGUGCGGCCCAAGCUAGGAACCCCCUUAGCGUGCAUUACUGGCGUCUACACCGAGGUCCAUGUCCUCUUUAUCGACGAAAACAAUGUCGUCCGCGAGGUCUAUACCUAG